UGUUGAACGCCGGCAUGUUUCCCUGGAAUAAAGGUUCGACACGGUACUAAAGCACACAUACUACUCUGCAAGAUUCCAGGGCAUUCGUGUUUCCUUUAUACACGUAGAGGGCAUUUCGAGCCGAUGCCUGGUCAUGUCUUUGCAGGAACCCUUAUGGCGAGUAAAGACACGCCCGUGCCCGUUUUAUCGGAAAGGAAAUUGCAUCUUUUCGGCCAACUGUAACUUUCUCCACAUCGAAAAUGAAUGGGGCCCCCACGAAACUACCCUGGUCGCGCCAGAAUCCUACCCGUCCCAGAUUCUGCCGCACAAGGUCACCCCAGGCAAAAACAUCGACCAACUACCGACCAGGACCUCACACCAUCCUACACAGAUUUCUGGGCUACUCGAUGUUUUGCAGGACGUCAUUGAGGACGCUUCCAGUGAUAUUUUGAUGGCGGUUUCAAAUAAACAAACGGAGAAUCCGGGAGGAGCCUCUGAUUUGGUCGAGCCCGUAACGUAUGGACAUGGUGAUAUUUUUCCCGGUCCUGUUACGGCCGUUCCUCUUACCUCCAAUAGCACCGAUGUUUGCUCUGAGCUUGACGUUAACGACACCAUCCACCCGGUUCGUUCUCUUUCCUUAGAGGAGGCAACUUCCUACAUGCCCUUUCCCCAUCCUUCUCCCCAUAUCCCUGUUUUUUCACAUACAGAAAUUCACCUGCCCGACACGCCUAAUCUUCUCUCCCCAGUCAAUCUUCCCGACCUCCAACUGAAAACGUUCUUCCGCGACUAUCACGACUCUUCCAUCCGCGAUGAACAUAUUUCCGACAGUUGGUCUACACCUAUGCCCCUUGCUAUGUCUCCCCCCAUCAGCCCCGCUCCUACGUCCACUUUUGACCUGCUAUCGUCCCCAUUUCGUUCUCCCUCAUCACGCAUCAUGUCCCCAAAUUUCGCUUCGCUCUUUCAUCGGCUACACCCGAUCUCCCCGGCUCCUCAUAAUGAUCGCGGUAACCUUGAUGCCCCAGACCUUAGUCUAGACGCAUUGGACUCUCCUGUGUCUGAUGGUCCAGAUAUGUCAGGUUCUAACGCCCUUGACGUGCAACUAUGCGAUGUUGCAAGGUCUCUGCAGUCUGAGGACGUAUUUGGAUCUCCCAUCAUUCAGCUAGAGCCAAGCGCAGUGGGAUGUGCCAGUCCUGAUCAAUAUGACAAUUCAAAUGAAGAACAGUCAGGUGUCAUAUGGUCUGCGCAUGAUCGCGACAUUUCCGCUUUGUCGGCAUCUCCAAUUCACGAUGUUAUAGAAACGUUCUCGUCAGCAAUUGGAACUGAACUAUUGGAUGAAGACCUGAACGAGGACAAUGUCUCUGAUAGCAGUCCAACCGCUCGACUGGCCUAUUUGGACGGACCCACCGUUCUAACCAGUCAGGACGAUACGGUCACUGCGCUGUACAGCUCUUAUUCAGAUUUAGAUUCAUCGAACAGGAAAAUAGCGAGUAGUACGAGGUCUCCCGAGCAAAUUUCAUCGAAGGACUCGUCCCCUUUGAACUCAGCGGUUGCCUCCGUGCCUUUGAGAAGUCGAGUUUUCACACCACCACCUCGAGAUUUACGCAGACGAUCCAGUAAUGGUAUGAGCUCGCCACUGUCGUCACCCCCCACGUUGCUGGAUUCUCUGUCACAGCAUCACGCUACGUUCAGAACGUUAUCGAUAUUCGAUCCACACCUCUCAGUUCGCAGCCUAUCGUCAGAGACCGCAAUCCUACGAACGCCUUCAAAUCCAGUAGAAUCCCCUGUGUCCUUGUCUCCUAUACCAUCAUCGUCCUCUUCUCGUUAUGAAGGCGAAACUGGGGAUCCUAAAUUGCCGAGCUGCGGGAGAUCGUCAUAUGAGGGGGAGUCUCAAGUGCCUUCCUCAACCAAGGUCCCCUUUGGAUUCAGAAAAUCCUUUGUGUUGGGUGGGUCCCGAAACUCAUCUCUGAUAAUGAAUAGAAUGUCAAGAGUCGCUUCGUCGAGAGACUUGGAGACUGAUUCGUUACGACAACAGUCACCGAAAUUGCUCUCCACUGAGCUUGACCGCAGUGGCCUUAAACCUCUCAGAUUAUCCACUAUAUUAACCGCUAAAUCUGCAUCUGCAUCUCCGUCUCGGUCAACAUUUAUUACAGGAAAUUCACAUCGUACAUCGUUAACAUCUACAAUUGUAUCAUCGAACUCUUCAUCUUCAAACAACAUUUUGGUAUUAUCACACUAUUAUUGACCCGGGCCAUGUGUCAUUCUCAAUAGGCGUUUACAGCUUUCAGAUCCCUCGCAUUCAUCGGAACACAAUCAUAAUUUAAUACCUCGC